GACAUAAUCCCAAGUCAACUCUUCUCAACUUCCCUCUCAUGCCCUUUACUCCAACCCCAAGGCAUGUUGUUGUACCGUAGACCUAAGUGGAAGCCUUUAUUUCAAGUAACUUGAAGGCUAAGAUCCCAUGAUUUCCCAUCAACCUUCCCCCUCGGCAAUCCAUUCAACCCACUCAGGCUCUUAAUUUAUACGACCAGCUCCUCCAAGGCUAAUUUUCUGAAGUCCAGGCUCAUUUGAGCUAGCUCCGACCACCACCAUGAAGAAGCCUUCCAUCUUCAAACCACUUCCCUCCGCCACAACCUUCAUCCUCCUCCCUCUAGCCCUGUUGGCUUUCCUUUUCCUCUUCCUCUUCCCCUAUGCUAAAGAGUUGAAGCUCCAGUCCCUCACGACCACCAGUUGCCGAUCUACCUUCGCCAACCUGACCGAACCAAUUGCCCCAAAGCCCGACUUCCGGCUAUUCAUGGGAAUUCUCACCCACCCCGACCACUAUGAGCGCCGCCACCUCCUCCGACUCGUCUACUCCCUCCAGCCCAAGCUCGCCACCGCCCACGUCGACAUCCGCUUCGUCUUCUGCAACCUCACCAAGGAGGACCAGCGAGUCCUCGUCGCCCUCGAGAUCCUGCGCUACGAUGACAUCCUCAUCCUCAACUGCACCGAGAACAUGAACGGCGGCAAGACCUACACUUACUUCUCUACCCUCCCAAAACUGUUCGACACCACCGGCGACGCCGACCGGCCUUACGACUAUGUCAUGAAGGCGGACGACGACAUCUACUUCAGGCUCGCUAGAUUGGCCCAAUCACUGAAGAAGAUGCCGAGACAGGAUUUGUACUACGGAUGCGCGGUGCCCUGCGACCGUGUGGACCCUUACAGGCAUUACAUGUCGGGUAUGGGGUAUGUCUUGUCCUGGGACUUGGUGGAAUGGAUCGCAACUUCCGAGAUAGCCAGGAGCCACACGGUCGGGCCGGAGGACUUCACCACAUGGACGUGGCUCAGGGAUGGAAACCGGUCCGACGACAAGUUUGACACUAAGCCGGCCAUGUACAACUACCCGAGCGGGGAUCCGUGCGCCCACGCCCUCGUUCCGGACACCAUUGCGGUGCACCAGCUCAAGGACAACUUGAAGUGGGCGAGGACGUUGAAGUACUUCAAAGUUACUGAUGGCUUGAAGCCUUCUAAGCUCUAUCACAUCUCUUGAAAAGAGUUUUGCCUCGUUGAAUUUUAAUGGAGAGUAGUUAAUUUCUCGUAUUAAUUGUAUUGCCCACCGUUUGCGUAUUCUUUCGACAGAAUAUUGUAAAGAGGUCGCCUGACCUCAAUGCACUUGUAAACUAGAGCACAUUAAUUGCUUCCCUUUGACAGCUUGGCUAAUGGAAGCGUGUAGCAAGUGCUCCUGCGCGCUUGGCAAUUAGGUAUAUCAUCUGAUCUGUUAACAAGAACAAGACGAACAUGGAUUAG